AUGGUGGAGCUGCUCAUGGAACAAGGGGCUUGCCUUGGUUCCCACGACUGCCGAGGCCAAAAGUUCCAUUGGCACGACCGUGACAUCUAUGGCGAUAGCGCGUUAAUGUUGGCCAGUCGCACGGCAAACACGCCUGUGACUAUGCAGCUUUUGAACGAGAUUAACAUCGUCAGGUACGCGAAGCAGAACCACCCGUUCAAAGUUCUCAAGAGGGCGAUAAAGUCGGACAACGAGCGGCACGCGAUGGAGGUCGCGAUGCACGAAAAUAUCCAAAGUUCGAUCAACAACCCGGAGGUUACCCGGUUCAAGGGUAGCGGCAAGCCGGAGCUCUCGUGGACGCUUUCCAAGUGCACAGAAGCUGCCUUUGAUCGGGGUAUGACCGAUCUCGUGUAA